CGCAGAUUAUAAAUCGACGCACACGAUGUGUUUGACUGACGUAGGAACCAUUCAGACUCUGUCUGAUUCUGAGAAAGCCGCUCUGGUGGACCGACACAACCAGUUGAGAAAUCAAGUCAACCCACAGGCCCGAGACAUGCAGACUAUGUACUGGGAUGACGAGCUUGCAGCAAUUGCAGGGAAGUGGGCUGCUCAGUGCAAAGGAGGUCAUGAUCCUUCCAGUAACAGAUCGGCCAACAGUCUUCCAGGAAUAACUAUUGGUCAGAGCGUGGCUUUCAGAAUUGUUGAUGUGGCGGCCAUUAAUGCUUGGUACGAUGAGGUCAACAAUUUCCGGUAUAGUAUUGGUUCGUUCAACGGGCGUGAAAUUCUUCACUUUACUCAGAUUGUUUGGUCCACUACGGUGAGGGUUGGGUGUGGCAAAUCCAACUGCCUUACAGCUACUGGUGGUUUUUAUUUUGUGUGCAACUAUGCAGUUGGACAAGGUUCCGGACCGCCAGGUGCGCCGAGCCUCACUCGGCCAUAUUGCAGUGGGGCAAAUUGUAAGACAUGUGCGGCAAUAUACAGAGAUGGAAAUAUGUGUGACUGCAAUGGUAAAGUGUGCUUCAAUGGCGGCACUUUCGACAUAGCCACGUGUUCGUGUGGGUGCUACGAUUUGUACACAGGAGACCAGUGUGAAACAAAAAAGUGUCCAGCUACAAACAGUGAUCCAUCUUAUUGUACUGAACCGGGCAGGGCUAAUUUCUGCACACAGUACUCCAACUGGCCGUACAACCAAUGUCCCUUCUUCUGCACUACUUGUCGAGAGAAGUGUAAAAAGAAUCUAGAUGUGAUUUUUGUGUUGGAUGGAUCUCAGACGUCUGCAAACUGGCAACAGAUAAAAUCCGCCGUCUCCGACUUCGUAAAGAUAAUAAAAGCAACAGCCGCGACCUCACGAUUUGGAGUCGUUGCAUACAGCAACACCGUCAGUGCUAACAAAAUUGAGCUAACUGCGAGUCCUAAUGUAGCCGCUGACGUUGAAAGUCUCGCUUACCCAGGCAACGGAUCUGCGACACACCUCGCCAUCAAUGAAGCAAAAGCCAUGUUUGACCGGAAUUUUCUCACCGGCAAGCAAAGGAUAAUGUUCCUUGUUACUGAUGGACCUUCCGGUAAUUUUGGCAAUACGUUCAAUGCUGCGUUUGCAGUGAAGAAUGCAGGGAUAGUCAUAUACACCGUGGGCAUCGCAACAACUGCAGACACUGCUGCUCUGAAUAAUGAACUUAGACAGAUUAGCACAAGUACAAAUCAUUACACACUGACGUCUUAUUCCAUUCUGUCCUCCAAAGCGACCAGGUUCCUCGCCUACAUUUGUGAUGACUCAGUUGAUGGCAGAUGGAAUGACUGGACCACUACAAGUGUUGGUCGGUGCAGCGUAUCGUGUGGGACUGGCUUAAAGGUGCUUAGUCAGGUUCGUUCGUGCAGCAAUCCCGCCCCUCAGAAUAACGGCGACGCUUGCUAUGGGCUCGCCAAACGUGAUAUCAAGGAGACCUGCACAUUAGCUGCAUGCCCUCUUAACCCAGUGAAUGGUGAAUUUGGUAAAUGGUUAACGACUGAUACAGGGACUUGCUCAGUGACGUGCGGUAUUGGACUUAUCUGGGUGUUUCAGUCACGUCAGUGUGAUAGUCCCCCACCUAGUAAUGGGGGACAACCGUGUGCUGGGGACACCAACCGCAAUUUGACACUGAAUUGCAAUACCUUUACCGAAUGUUCUGUUGGAGAUGUUGAUGGUCAGUGGGGAUUCUGGGGUUCUUCUGUGCCUGGUCGCUGCAGUGUGUCGUGUGGCGGUGGAUCAAGAUCAUGGACUCGUACUCGUGCGUGUGAUAACCCUGCACCACAGAAUAACGGACGCUUCUGUGUGGGGUCAAGCACUUUAUCAGGCACAGAAACCUGUAACACUAACGCAUGUCCAGUGGCUAGCGUUUGGUCGGCAUGGACAAGAUUGACAGUGGGUCGAUGUUCGUCCUUAUGCAGGAGGUCGGUGAGUCGAACCAGAACGUGUAACAGGCCAACAGGGGCACCGGACUGCAUCGGUUCAUCGGGAGACUCCAUUUCAGAGGUCUGCAGUGGAGAGGACUGCGUCAAGACAGGCUGCCCAUUUGACGUCAUAUUUGUGGUUGACGAAUCUGAACUCAUGCGUGCAUCAGCGUAUACCGUCAAUGGCCGAAUCGGCUUUCAAAGAGUGAACGAUCAAAUCAUAACCUACUUACGUGCAGUGAUGAGCACCGCCUCCCCCGGUGUUCAGAGAGUUGCAUACAUCACUAUUGGAAUAGCUGCUACAGGGAGACAAGCGGCCCGACAGGUGGUUGCACUCAGCACGGACCUGAACGCUGUGAUCAGUGCCAUCAGCAACGUACAGAUCCAGAACAUCGCCCUCUCGUGGAGCCAGGUUGCUGCCAGCCUGCCCGCCAUGGUCGGUGCAGGUUCCAAGGUGAUCGUGAUCACGGCGUCAGAGGUACCCCUGUCAGAGAGAAACACGGUCAACUCAGCAUUUCGAUCCGCAAAUGCCGACUUUUUCGCUAUUGGUCUUCCAUUCCAAAGGAACCUGACCACAGCGGGGCUUUUACCAGUAGCAUUGUCGCUAGGCAACAUCGAGAUUCUGACCAGUUUUACGGACUUCAGCAUCAAACCAGUGCUUGAAACGUUUGUGCCCAUUGAAUGUGCAAUACUAUGCAGAAGAGUUAUAGACAUCGUCAUCGUCCUGGAUGGGUCAUUCAGCAUAGGAGACAAUGUUUUUGCCACUUCUGUGAAGACUGCUCUGCAAGGACUUACGACUAAACUGUUUGCCCUGAGCACCGAUGUGUCCAUGGGUCUCGUGUUGUUCAGUCAUGGUUUGGAUGCCAAUAUUAGCAUGACCACAGACAUCAGUGCAUACAGAUCAGGAAUUGUUGGUCUUCCUUAUCCCGCUGGUGGCACCUGGACAUGGUUGGGUAUCAAGGCGGGUGCGCAGAUGAUUUAUCAGCUGAACCGACAGGCAUCUUCGACCAGGUUGAUGAUUGUUAUCACUGAUGGAGAGAGUGCCAAUCCGCCGUUAACUGCUGAAGAAGCACGCUUGGCUAAAUUAAAUGGCAUUGUUAUAUAUGCCAUAGGAGUAGGCCAGUCAACGGUGACAGAAAUGAUGUCUAUAGCGUCUUCACCGGACAAAGUGAUGCGAGUUGCCAACUUCGACGAUCUGGCUAAUCAGCUUCUAAACAUAUCUGUAAAUUGUCCAAUUGAUGGGCAGUGGGGACUGUGGGGAGCCAGAGUAGACGGAGCCUGCUCUGUGUCGUGUGGCAGUGGAACUCGUCCAUGGACUCGGAGACGAGUCUGUGAUAGUCCCAGACCGGAAAAUAACGGAAAUGAUUGCGUGGGCUCGGCCGUUGAAACUGGAAGCAACCCGUGCACACAAGUUGCAUGUCCAAUAUGCAGAAGAGUAAUAGACAUCGUCAUCGUCCUGGAUGGGUCGUUCAGCAUAGGAGACAAUGUUUUUGCCACUUCUGUGAAGACUGCUCUGCAAGGACUUACGACUAAACUGUUUGCCUUGAGCACGAAGGUGUCCAUGGGUCUCGUGUUGUUCAGUCAUGCUUUGGAUGCCAAUAUUAGCAUGACCACAGACAUCAGUGGAUACAGAUCAGGAAUUGUUGGUCUUCCUUAUCCCGCUGGUGGCACCUGGACAUGGUUGGGUAUCAAGGCGGGUGCGCAGAUGAUUUAUCAGCUGAACCGAGAGGCAUCUUCGACCAAGUUGAUGAUUGUUAUCACUGAUGGAGAGAGUGCCAAUACAGCAUCAACUGCUGAAGAGGCACGGUUGGCUAAAUCAAAUGGCAUUGUUAUAUAUGCCGUAGGAGUAGGGCAGUCAACGGUGACAGAAUUGAUGGCUAUAGCGUCUUCGCCAGACAAAGUGAUUCGAGUUGCCAACUUCGACGAUCUUGCUAAUCAGCUUCUAAACAUAUCUGUAAAUUGUCCAAUUGAUGGCCAGUGGGGACCGUGGGGAACCAGAGUAGAACGAGACUGCUCAGUGACGUGUGGCAGCGGAUCUCGUCCAUGGACUCGGAGACGAGUUUGUGAUAAUCCCAGACCGGAAAAUGACGGAAAUGAUUGCGUGGGCUCGGCCGUUGAAACUGGAAGCAACCCAUGCACGGAAGUUGCAUGUCCAAUUAAUGGCCAGUGGGGAGACUGGAGCGCCAGACGAGAUGGGCCUUGUUCAGUGUUGUGCGGCAGUGGAACUCUCUCGUGGACCCGAACAAGAAAUUGUGAUAGUCCUAGACCAGCAAAUAAUGGACAGGAUUGUCCAGGGACAAACACCUUAUCUGGAACCGACGUCUGUACAAAAGACCCCUGUCCAGUCGAUGGUCAGUGGUCAGCGUGGAGUAAUAGGGUUUACGAAGACUGUUCACUGACCUGUGGUGGAGGUCAGCGGCCGUGGACACGGGAACGCACCUGUGAUCAACCUGCCCCGCAGUUUGGUGGAAAAGAAUGUAUGGGCAACAGUAUGGAGAGCGGUACAGAAACAUGUGCUGAUUUUUCUUGUCCAGUUAAUGGCCAGUGGGGACUGUGGAGUGAUUUUACCCUAGGACGUUGUUCAAAGACAUGUGGGACAGGCCAGCGCACCAACACGAGGACGCGGCGCUGUGAUAAUCCAGUACCUGUAGGUGGACUAGAGUGUUUUGGCCCAAAUUCCGACAGCCAAACUGAAAACUGCCAGAUCGCCAUGUGUCCUGUUGAUGGUGUGUGGGGAGCCUGGGGUGCUUUUAUGUAUGGUCGCUGCAGUGUGUCGUGUGGCGGCGGAAGUAAACAUUGGACUCGUACUCGUGCGUGUGAUAACCCUGCACCACAGAAUAACGGACAAGACUGCAUGGGGAACGACACUUUGUCUGGCACAGAAACCUGUGGAACUAACCCAUGUCCAGUCGAUGGUCAGUGGUCAGCAUGGAUAGAUAAGGUUUAUGAAGAUUGUUCAGUGAGCUGUGGUGGAGGUCAGCAGAUAUGGACACGGGAACGCACCUGUGAUAAUCCUGCCCCGCAGUUUGAUGGAAAACAAUGUGUGGGCAACAGUAUGGAAAGUGAUACAGAAACGUGUUCUGAAAACAAAUGUCCAAUUAACGGCCAGUGGGGCAACUGGGGACCAUACAACUAUACACAAUGUUCUGUGACUUGCGGCAAUGGUACGAAGACCUAUGAGCGGAAACGUGCCUGUGAUAACCCGGCAGUUCAGUUCGAAGGAAUGGAUUGUGUUGGUUCGGACACUGACACCGGAACUGCUACUUGUAAUCUUGGAAUCUGCCCAACAGGUCUGUGUAGCGAUGCCCAAGUGAUCCAAGGUGUGGGGUACAGACUACACCCCAGGGACUGUGACAAGUUUAUCCAGUGCUACUACAAUCCAAACGGUCACACCACUGGAGUUAUCCGCUCUUGUCCCUUCGGACAGUACUGGAACCAGGAUAUUCUUCGGUGCGACCAGGCCUGCAAUGUCGAUUGUCCUCUCGAAAAAUGCAAAGACGACUGUGUUUCCACAUACAGCAUGCAUGGCAGUUGCCGUGGCUACUGGACGUGUGUCAACGGAAAAUCGGAGGCCGCGUGUUGUCCAGUUGGGUUUGCCUACGUCGAGACCAAAGGCUGCUUGGUAGACUUUACCUGUAGGGACAUGUGUCCAACCAUCUGCACUGGCAAAGUUUGUGAAGCGGUAAUGACGAUGGACUUCUCCGACCCCGACCGACUGACAACUGCACCAGGUGUCAAGGUUACGACCAGCAACGUGACCGUCAUGAACGGUGUGGCCAUGUUCUCGGGUUACGGCCUGAUUCGUACGAGCGUGUCGCUGGUGGAGGCUGCGAGUGGGUGUCCCGUCACCGUACGACUGAGCUACAAGGCAACCACCCGGGACAGACAGGUCCUCGUCAAGAGUCCGCUGUGUAGGAUGGCCGAAUCAUCGUCGCUGGUCAUCACCGUCGAUGGCAACGAUGUCGUACUGGAGAUGAAGAACUGGUUUGGUACAGCCAUGUCCUUGAGAGUUCCCACUGAUGACUUCAAGGCUGACGAAUGGAAACAGGUGACAUUCGUAUAUGAUGGGAAGUUCGCCACUGGAAGAGUUUCUGGUGAUAAGGUGACCUACAUAUUCAAAACCUUUGCACCCAAAAUCUCGAUCGCUCAGUGUGGUCUUGAUUUUGGAACCGAUGAAAAGAAGGGAGGAUUGACAGGAGAAAUGGACACGAUUGGUGUAUACCAGUGUAACCCGUGGACUCCUGUGUAUUGA